UCAAUUCACAAUUGCUAUUUGCUACUGUCAUUUGCGAGGAAUAAAAAUAAAGAUUUUUACCCAAAUUUUUAAAAAUAUGCUAAAAUAGUUUUAUCGGUAUAUAAUGUGAUUUUUUGGUUUAUUAAUGGCAGACCGUCAUCGAACUUUCGACGCAGAAGAAAUGGCAACAACAAGUACAGCAGUAACGACGGUACCCCCACAACUUCAAGAGGAGCCGGUAGAGCCUGUAGCUGUGUUAACUCUACGACCAACAAAAAAGCAGCAACGCAAAAAAGUUGUAUGGACUGAGGACACCGUCGACAAUGAACACAUGAACAAGAAAAAGUCAAAAUGUUGUUGUAUAUAUGAAAAACCCCGUCGUUUCGGCGAGUCCGACUCGGAAGAGAGUGACGACGAAUGCGAACAUUGUUUUGGACAUGUCGAGAAGAAACGUACGAAGCACAAUACACACGUAGAAGAGAAAACCGAACAGCCUGAACCAACCACAUCGGUGACGUCACAACCUGCGCCGGCGCCGCCCGACAAACCGCCCUCUGAUAAUUAAACACGUAAAUUAUUUACACCUGACUUCUAAACAUUUCAAUGUAUUUUUGUAUUGAUAAUUUUUUUCCAUAUAAGUAAUUUUAUUCAUACCUCCUAUUUGGCGUCUAGCGAAAUAUGAAGAUCCAAGGUUUCACAAAAUGUUAAAAAGUCUGUAAAAACUAAUACGAAAAAACAGAUAAAAGUUUUACUCUAGCUUAUACUUACAAACUUUUUAAAAUAGAUUUUUAAUAUAUGUAACAAAAAAGAUUCCAUUUAUUUUAUAAAAUUUUCUUUCUCCACAGAGUGCAUAAUGCAGUAUUGUGACAGAAAUAGUAAUUUAGUGUAAAAAUUGUUUUUCACUUAUUCGGUUCAAUGUUGUCAAUUUAUCUUUACUUUUAACAUACUUCUUCGUACAGAUUAGACAAAUAAUAUUUAUAUGUUGAAAAGAUUCGCCCGCAAACCGCUGCUCUAUUAAUUUCCCUACAAAAUUUUAAUUUAAAAAUAUUUAUAUCGUGCUAUCUGGGGCUUAUCACGGACUCUACAGUAGUGUUAUCAAGUGUUACUACAAUUUUAUGGACAGCUCGGAAAGUUUCCAUCAUACAAUUUCUAUAGUUUACUAUACGUAUUCUAUUUGACGCAUUUUUCUGUUUAAUUCUAAAGACUCAGCACUUUCGAUAGAGUCAAGAUCCAAUUAUUUUCCAAUAGAAAAAUAACUUUUUAUUGUAAAUUCUGGUAAAAUAUGGGAAAAGAUAAAAUAAUAAACUGGUUGUGUUGUGUCCAUAAAAUAAUUAUGAGCCGCAAAUAGUUAUAGAUUGUUACGUGCUUAUAUCCCUUUACUACUAAACUUGACAAGACAUUGCUCAACGAAGGCCUUUAGUUAGUAUGUACGGGAGAGAGUGGCUUAAAAUACUAACUGAUAAAACCUAUGUUAUAGUCUUACCAAUUUCAGUGCAGUUCUACAAUAGUGUUCAUUAAUUGUUAAAAUUCUUGAUUAUCUAAUAAUUGUUGCAUUUGAGAAUUUAGGUAUAAAUUACCGCAAUAUAAAUAGAUCUUUAAAUUAGUAAAUAAUUAAAAUAACCUAUUAUAUAAUAUUUUUGCUAAUCAUUAAAUAUUAAGCCCCCUUAUUCAUUCAAAAGCAGUAUAAUUGCACUUUUUUAGCUUAUGCACUCAUUCAUCUCUUACAAUCAAACCAUGUUUAUGUCGUUAUGAAAAAAGAGGGAUUUACCCACUGUAUAAAACGGCUAUUUAAAAAAAAAAUGUAAUAAAAACAAUUUUAGAAUUUUUGGUAGUAUUUUAGGAACUGCACAACUUGUUAUAUAGAAUUCUGUUUCAAAAAAGAUUUAAUUUCAAGAACCCGCCAAAAUGUUUCGCCACACAAGAUGGCGUCGCUCCUGUUUAACGUACGAUGCUUACAUACACUGUAAUUGAUAAUUAUGAUUCUCAAAUUACACAAAUAGUAUAUUUUGACAAAAACAGUCUCUGACGAAAUAAAGCUCCAAGAAUAGCCGUACGAAGGCAUGUACAUCAUCGUCUUUCACCGUAUCGGCUUAUCUAUGACCGUUGAUUUAUUGUGAUAAAUUCAUGAUAUAUAUGUUAUUUUACUUCUAUUACGCUUUUUAAUGUCACGUCCUAUUCAUAUUCCUAUUAACACUAUAUUUUUAUAUUUUUGAAAUAGUCUGAACUGAAAUGAAUAACGGGGGUUUGUCCUAAAAUAUGUAACGUAAAGUGAAAACAUUUCUAUGUCAUGUUCUAAAUAAUUCACAUUUUAUUAUGGUAAUAAUUUUACUGUAGUAUUUAAGUAUGUUAAAUGAAAUAUAUUUACUAAGUAAA